AUGAUCCUUUUAAAAUUUAUUUAUUAUAUUAUUUAUAGUAUAGGUGUUAUUGUUUUUAUGUGUUAUGUUGAUAUAUUAUACAUGUACAAUUUUUACCAAGAUUGGUUAUUUUGUGAUAUUAAAAAUAAUUCAGAAUAUGAUUACCUUAUUGUUGGAGCUGGAAGUUCAGGAUCAGUGUUAGCCACACAAUUAUCGAAAGUAAAAGCCAAUGUAUUAUUAAUUGAAGCCGGUGGUACUCCAAUUAAUUUCUUCGAUAUUCCCGUUCUCGCACCAUUGCUUUUAAAUACUGUGUACGAUUGGAAAUAUGUGACAGUUCCACAGAAAAAUGCUUGCAAAGGUUUAAAUAACAAUCAAAGUAUAUGGUCUGCUGGAAAAAUUUUAGGUGGCUCAAGUAGGCUCAACUAUAUGGUAUACGUUCAAGGACAUCCAGAUGAUUAUAAUCCAUGGCUUUCUGAUAUUAAAGAACCAAUUGUUGAUAGAGGCGGCUCACUGUAUGUCAGUAAUAAGAAUUGGUAUUCAAAACUUUCUGAUGCGAUAUUACAAGGUGUAACAGAAUUAUCAUAUUCUUUAAGAAAUUAUAAUAAAGUAUUACCAACAGAUUUUAUGAAACCAUAUUUGACGAUAAAAAAUGGUGAACGAUGGAGCACAGAUAGACUAAUUAGUGAAAGUAACGAUAUAAAAUUAAAAAUUUUAACCAAUUCAUUUGUAAAUAAGAUUCUGUUUAAAUCAAAGAAAGCAGUAGGUGUUGAGUUUUUAAGAAAUAAUCAAAUCUAUCGGGUAUUUGCUAAAAGUGGAGUAAUUUUAUGUGCAGGAACAAUUGGUACUCCAAAACUCUUAAUGCUUUCAGGAAUUGGACCUAAGCAAAAUUUAGAAAAGCAUAAUAUUAAAAUUGUAGCUGAUUUACCAGUUGGUAAAAAUUUAAUGGAUCACAUAAUCACUGGAGUUGAUUUGGUAAUUUUAAACACGAGCGUGGCUUUGAGUAUCGCUGAUAUUAUAAAUCCUUUUUCAUUAUUAGAAUAUUAUUUAUUUAAAACAGGACCAUGGACUUCAUCCGGAGUAGAUGUAAUUGGUACAUUACAUAGUCAAUUACAAAAUAAUAAAACGUCUGUACCAGAUCUUCAAAUAAUGACAUUUCCUGUUGGCCUGUCACAAGACAAUGGAGUCUUACUAAGAAAGAAUUUGGGAAUUUCUGAUAAAAUUUUUAAUGAAUAUUUUGCACCUCUUGUAUAUAAAACAGCAGUCACCAUUGCACCUGUUUUGCUGCAUCCCCAAAGUAUUGGAGAAAUACAAUUAAGAAGUUCAGAUUUCCAUGAUAAUCCUAUUAUUGAUCCAAACUACUUGUCGGAGGAAGAAGAUGUCCUUAAAUUAGUAGAUGGAAUUGAAUUUAUCAAAAGGCUAAUUAAUACAAAAGCAAUGAAAGAACUUGGAGCUAUUUUGUAUGAAAAACCAUUUCCAGGAUGUGAAAAUAUUACUUUUGAUACUAUAAAUUAUUGGAAAUGCUAUAUAAAACAUUUAACAUUCAGUACAUAUCAUCCAAUAGGUACAUGCAGAAUGGGCGAUGUCGUUGAUUCAAAAUUUAGAGUUUACGAAACUAAAAAUUUAUAUGUCGUUGACGCAUCAGUCUUUCCAAAGCUACCAAGUGGUAACAUAAAUGCACCUGUAGUAAUGCUUUCUGAGAAAGCUGCAGGAUUAUUUAUUAAAGACUUUACAGAUGGUACUAAGAAAACAUAUAAAUGUUAUAAAAGUGAUGUA